GACACGACUGUAAUCCCCUCUAUAUCAACCUUUCCAUAGCAUGAUCUGUGACGAACCUAAUCAAAACUAUUCCGUAAUAUCGUAUCAUUUUAAACCAUAUAAAAUGUGAAAGAUCUGCCUUAUCGUGAUCAGUGUUAACGUCCAAGUGAUGUGCCUUCAUUAGUAACUACAAGUAUUGUUUUAUGUGAACUAGUUUGUAUUAGGAAGUUAUAUUGAAUAAGAGAAGAAAAAAUGGGAAACAGUAACACAGCUUUGAAUUUUGGCGCUGGACCUGCCAAACUGCCUAGAGAGGUUCUUCAAGAAGUUCAAGCGGAGCUCCUAUCUUAUCAAGACUCUGGCAUGAGUAUUAUGGAAAUGAGCCAUAGGUCUGCAGAGUAUUCGAAGAUCAAUAAAGAUGCACAGCAAUCCAUUAGAGAAUUAUUGAAAGUGCCAGACAAUUACAGGAUCCUGUUCAUGCAAGGGGGUGGAGUAGGAGCCUUCGCAGCGGUGGCCAUGAACCUAAUAAACAGGACCGGCACGGCCGAUUAUGCAGUUACAGGAACAUGGUCUGCUUCUGCUGUUAAAGAGGCCCAGAAGUACGGAAAAGUAAAUCUCGUAUUUCCUAAAGCUGACAAGCCAGGAAGUAUACCGGAUCAGUCAACAUGGAACUGCGACCCAAACGCUUCUUAUCUUUAUUAUUGUGAUAAUGAAACUGUAGAUGGUGUUGAAUUUCCUGAAAUUCCCAGUAACCCAUUCAAUGUACCGUUGGUAGCUGACAUGUCCUCCAGUAUUAUGACAAAAAGAGUUGAUGUUUCGAAGUUUGGAGUUAUUUUCGGCGGUGCUCAGAAAAAUAUCGGACCUGCUGGUGUAGUCUUCGUUAUAAUAAGAGAAGACUUGCUAGGAAAACCAAUGGAUAUAUGCCCUUCAGUGAUGAAUUUCACUCAUAUAGAUAAAUGUAACUCGGUUCAUAACACACCAGCGACACUUUCAGUAUACAUUAUGGAGAAAGUUCUUAGAUGGAUAACAGCAAAUGGAGGCGUGGAGGGUAUGGAAAAACAAUCUUUCGCAAAGAGUGAUUUGUUAUAUAAGACUAUAGCAAAUUCUAAUCAGUUUUAUAGCUCGCCUAUCGAUGAAAAUGUAAGAAGUAGAAUUAACAUACCAUUCAGAGUAGGCGGAGUUAAUGGUAAUGAAGAAUUGGAGGCUUUGUUCCUUGAGAAAGCGGAGAAACUAAAAAUGUAUCAAUUGAAAGGACACAGAUCUGUUGGUGGAAUGAGAGCUUCUUUAUAUAAUGCUGUAUCAAUAGAAGAUGUUAAUUCAUUAGUAAAAUUCAUGCUAGAAUUCCAGAAAUUACAUGCUGUAUAAGAUAUAGAGUAAUAUAUUUAUUUAUUAAGUAUUCAUAUUUGUACAUAAUUUAUAUAACAAUUUGCAUAAAAUAAAAAUUAAUUAAUUUUGCA